GGGGCUCUAGGCAGCCGACCUAUGACGUGAGCCGGGCCUGGUUGGUGUCGGCGUACGGCCGGAGGUUCUACGCCACUAAACUGGACUUCGCCGCACGCCGGAUCGGGGCGAUCGGCUUCCAGGUCGGGCACCAGCUCAUCGAGAGGUUUCCCUCGACUCUUUCUAUUGUUUGGGCUGAUCGUGUGAGGUUUAGUGGGCAGGAGCCGUCGUUUCUGGACGAUAACUGCGAAUGCCGAAGAUAUACAAUUGAACGUCCUCGAUUUAGUGAUUAUUUUUCAAAUGCAUGGUUAGAGCUGUUCAAGAAGCAGAUUGAUAACUUGAAGACCAAUCACAGGGGCACCUUUGUUCUGCAAGACAACAAGUUCCGUUGGUUUACUCUUGUAUCUAUUGAUCCUUCAUCGGAAGACGAUGAAGCAUCUCAGGGCUCUUCGUCUGAAGCCGCAAACAUGCUUCUACACUUCCCAUGUGGAAUUAUAAGGGGAGCCUUGUCAAAUGUGGGAAUUUCCUGUGCUGUUUCUGCUGAUGCAUCAAAUCUCCCUUCAUAUAUGCCAUUCAUAAUUGUGAAUGCACUGAAGUUUUUCAUCUAAAAUUGCAUCAUCACAUGAAAUUGGAAAUGUUACUCAUGCAAAUACACAUAAAGCAAUUCAUUUAGACAUAAAGUUCAUCCAACCAGUUCAGGUUUAAAUUUCAAUCUCAUUCAUUUCUACCAGAUUUAUAAUGUUAUUUUGUUUAUUUCUGCCUUUAAAUUUCUAACACAUCUGGCCUAUUUCCAUGUUAUUUGAGCUUAUAAAAGCUCUCCAUCUGAUUGUUAUAUUAAUUCAUUCAAUCAAUAUUACAAAAGUUUGUACUAGAUCUUUCUGUUUUAUCCUGUAACAUUGCGUAAAAGUCUAGAGAACUCAUCAAAGGACAUUGGAUGUUACUGAUGCCGUUUUGAUUCUCAAGGAGUUGCUUGUUGCAUUUUUUUUUAUGAAAGAAAUUCAAGUUCAGAAAAACUCCCUUAUUAUCUAUUUCUUGAAACUACAUUGCUACUGUCUGAGAACAUAUUUGCUUAUUUUCUUAAUAGAUUUUAUCUGAAACAGCUGAGGUGAUCACAUUUCUGAGCAUCUCUAAUCGCAGAAACUGACUUCAACAUAUCUGGACAAGGCUAUUUACGUUUAAUUCAUGGACAAAUACGGUUGCAUAUUCACUAUAUUUUUUAAGACUGAUAAAAAGCAAGGGCCUUUUAAUUCUGUAUAAACUAAAAACUAAGUGCUGUGAUCAUAUCUAUGGAAGCAGGUUCAUUGGAGGUUAUCAUGAAGGCUUUUGGAUCAUAACAUCCAUUUUCUUUCAGAAUGAUUGGUGAAGCUUGCGAAUUUUUAGAUAGGCAAGCAUCACGAGAUCGAAAGAAAGGGUAAGCUUCCCAAUCAAUUUCAGAUAAGCCAGAUGAGCAUUUUUCCUCUUGGAAACAAAGGCGGUGGUGGAAGGAUCGAUGCUUCGAUGUCACGGUGUAACGAUCUUCCACAUUCUUCAAUGGCGGCGCAGGGAUUGGGCGUAGAAGGAUUCUCAGGGGCUCGUCUUCCUCCUGUUUCCCCUCGUUCGACUGUUUCUCCGGUCGCAGAUAUGGAAAUAGCAGGUGGAGGCAUUUUUGAUGCCUUUGGACCAUGCCAUCCUGUGGCUCUUCAAACCAACAUAUCGAAGGAAUUUACAAGAACUAGGUUUCAGAAACUCACAAUGAAUAUGAAUAAAUCCAAAGAUAUUGCGUCUUAUCUCCAACAAGAACUGACAAGGGGUGAUCAUUCUAAAACCGUCUUCUAUGAAUGUAACCAAGAACCAAGCACCAAUUUAACUGAUGCUUCAAGGGAUUCAUGUCCAGGUGAUCUUGGUGCAAAGAAGUGGAAAAGGAGUCAUCAGGAAAUGGGUAGCCAAGUAAAACAAAGACCAGAAUCUUCAUCAACAAACACAAGUGGCAAUUUUGAACCUAAACAAAAUGUUGAGCCAAGCAACUUGGUGACGGAUGGUAUGCUUGUAAAAGAUUGCUCAAAGAUCCCAAAGGAGGAUCACUUUUCUGUUAGAAUUCGGCAUGGACAAAUAACUAAUAGCCAUAGCAUAGCAGAAAGAUUAAGAAGAGAGAGAAUUAGUGAAAGAAUGAAAUUUCUCCAAGACCUUGUACCUGGCUGCAGUAAUGUCACAGGGAAAACACACGUGCUAGAUGAGAUCAUAAACUAUGUUCAGUCACUUCAACAGCAAAUUGAGUUUCUGUCGAUGAAACUUGCAGCUGUCUGCACUCAAAACGACUUUAGUAUGGAAGGACUUCCAUCUAGCGAUCUUCAUUUUUGGGAUGGAACUUCAUCAGCCUUUGGAUUGGCACAGCAGAUGGUUCAUCGUCAUACUUACACCUCCAAAGGAUUUGAUUCCAAUUGGGAUCUGUACCAUGGUGGACACUACGAACUGUUGGAUUCCCUUGGCAUAUACUAAUCUAAAAAUUGCCUUCUUAUCAUAUUUAUGUAAAUCUAAAUAUGAUAGUUUAACAUACAUAUGGCAGUAGUUCUUGCUUAAAUUGGAGCACCUAAUGACAGGAUGAAACUAGGUCUGGUAUUUACAUGUCACUCUAGAAGUGUGCAUUCCUUUGGAGAUUAUCCCAUUGUUCAUACAGUUUUUCAAAGUUUAAAAUGCUACACUUUGAAUCCCUCUCUUUGUGAUGGCAAGCCGCAUCUGACGGUACCUUAAUGAAUUAUUACAAACCAGUAAGCUCCAACUAUUUUCAAUUUUUAUGAUAUUGCAGAUGCACAAUUAGUAGAACGAAGAGCUGAAGAUUAUUCUGAAAAUUACAAGUGGUACUAAAGCUCAAGAAAGUGCCAAGUUUGAAGAUUAUUCUGAAAAUUACAAGUGGUACUAAAGCUCAAGAAAGUGCCAAGUUUGAAAGGAUUGACUAUGAAGAAUAACUAGUUUGCUCAUUUAGAGUUAACACCCUGCAUUUGGCUGGCUUGUUUAGCCUGAUAACAGCUUUUGAUUUUUGUGGAUUGAUGUAAAAUUUAUUCUAAUAGUUUCUAAAGUUCGUGAAGGGGAGUCUUGCCACAAUGAUAAAGUUAUUACUUUGUGAUCAAAAGGUCACGGGUGUAAUUUCUGGAAAUAGUCUCUUGUAAAAAGUAAGGUAAAGUUGCGUAUAAUGGAUCUUUCCUCGGGACCCCACAUAACGGGAGCUUCGUGCAAAAUCCUGUCUGAACUCUGAAGAUUCUUGUAUCAACAACAAAGCAGUUUGUCAUGCUGAUUAUACUCUACUAUGUAAUGGUCCAUUAUCCUAAACUAUUAUUUUACUAACAAAUAGUUCAUCUUUGGAAUGAA